AUGACCUCUGAGCCUUCAGCUUUGGUGGUGAGAGCGCUCCCAAGGAGCGCGUCUUCUACGGUGCUCUCGCCCAAAAAGGGCCGGGAUACCCCAGACGCCACGCAAGUUGCCUUGGAGGAGUUGCAGCAACGCCUCAUUGAGGAGGUCGACCAGCGGUCUUCUGGCCAACAGCGGUUGGAGCAGCUGCUGCAUGCUCUCUAUCAAGAGCGACAGGGAGCAGGAAACCCAGUGGCAGAAAUGAACACUGGCGCCAGUUGGUGGGAUAUCGCUGCUGGCCAGCUGGCCUCCCUGGAGGACAGAAUGGCUGGAUUCGCAGAGAAGCUCAAGGAUUUGACAUCGGCGCACAACGCCUUAGUGAUCGCAGCUGACAGUCGAGUCGCUGAGGAUCAGCGCCGGGAGAGGAUGGAGGUGCAACGAUUAGUCGAAGAUCGGCUCACGCUGCGCCAUACGGAGGAGCUCGCAGCUCUUGCAAAGGACCAACUGCGACUGCAGACUACAGAAUUGCAGGGCUUGUUGCAGAGGUGGGAAGAUCGAUUUGAGACAUUGCGAGUCCAUGUGGAGGCGGAGGCCACCUUUCGCAUCAAUGGAGAGACGCAGAGGCGCAUGGACUCCGAGAAGUUGCUGUCUUCCUUGCUGGGCGACCUUAGUGAUAUUCAGCGCGAAUUCCACCUCAACACGGAGAAUGUGGAGGCAGCCCAGAGAGCAAGUGCACUACGACCGGCGCCACUUCAGGUCCAGGCAGGCUCACUUCGGCGUGGUGCAGGUGCAGACGCCUCGAAGGAGUUGGGUGUGAUAAGCUUACGCCCAGGCAACCUGCCGGUGGCGCAGCCGGUGCGCCCCGUGGAGCUGCGAACAUCUCCGGCAGUGUAUACCGUGCGCCCCGCAGUCGACCGAAAUGCAGUUGACGAGGUGCCGCUCGAGCAGGAGUGCAAAAUCGGCAUGCUGUUGCAAACAGGCUCCGGGGCCUACCCUACAGCUACCAGAACAUCUGAGACGUCUGUGGGCUUUAGGCUUUAA